AACUGUCGUCAUCGUCAGUCUUUUUCGCGCAUUAUUGUCGAAAGAGACAGGUUUCUUCUAAGUCGAUAGUGAUUUCUCUACGCAAUGUUGAACGAAGCUAAUGGUAAGCUUUUAACUGCCUUUGAGAAAAAAGAAACUAUGAAAAUAAGUCGAAAGUAGACGAGAACCCAGAUAUCCCUAAUCUACCAUUCAAAUGGGAGUCAAAUACAAAUCUUAUAGCUGAGCCUCUACUAAAUGAACAAGAGAUAAUCAAUUUGAUCGUUCGAUUCAUGAUUGGUACAUACGUCCCAAAAAACAGUUACGUAGUGGAUCAAACUGUUUCGCCAGAGACUGAAAGUUUUUUUAAAGUAUACACCUCACAAAAUGAAAGUGAUGAACGUUUCAACCCAUUACUUGUUACCAUUCAAAGUGAAAUUAAUGAAGCAUCAAUGGUGGACAUUGUACAGUAUUGUGCACUUGUUGCCGAAAGAUUCAAGUAUCUACCAACUGUAUUGAUUAUUGCUAACAAAGAAAGCCUUGGAUCAAACGAACAAAAUAGACAUUUAGUAAAGCUUAAAUCUACUUUCUGGGCAGAAAAAUGUUUGAUGUUUCUUUCUGAUUUAUAUAUCACUCCUCUGAACAAUCAACCUCGUAAUGCUUUCUAUGCGUUAUGUCAGUUUUUGUCUCAUCCAGACAAGAAAUUCUCCUUAUCUUCUGAUGUAGAAAAUCAAUCUAUCAAUUUGGUUGUAGAGAAUUCAAUGUAAAAACUGUAGUUGAUGUAAAUUUUUUAUAUGGAUAUAAAUCAAAGGAUAUCCUUUCGCUUUAUUUUUGCUUAAGAUCUUUUUUCAGCUUCCUCUACUUCGCUGUUGUCUUUCUUAAUGAGGCUGGAACAUGUUUGAAAAGUACCCUUAGCCAAUACCCAGUUCUCAAUAUUACAGUUCAAUAGAAGGCACUACAUGUUUAUAAAUGUAAGAGGUUUAUGUACACAAAGGAACAUAGCUCUCCGUAAAAUGUAUCUAUUUUGUUACUAUGGCUUAAUUGUAUGUCCCUUUGAUGAUCCAUUUAACCUGUCAGCCAAGUAC